GCUAGGAAGAGGACAGAGAAUUCUUGAAGGAGGUUAACGAAGGAAUUAUCAGGAGGCUGCAAUUGGAGAUAAUACAUCAGGCCAGAAAGUCAAGCAGAUUUCACACUUAAAUUCAGUUUAAGAGUCCAGACGUCACUUUUUUAAACCCCCCGGAGUGUUUUUCUGUCUGAGGCGUCUCGAGCAUCAGUGUCAGAAUGUGUUCGGGCAGUUUUGCCAAGUGUUUGGGGAUCUCCCUGAUUCCUCUGGCCAUCGUGUGCGUGCUGUGCAACAUCCUGCUCUUCUUCCCCAGCGGGGAGUCGGUGGACAGAGACAACAUCACAGAUGAGGUCUGGUACUUCGGAGGCCUUCUGGGGUCCGGAGUGUUGAUGAUCUUCCCAGCUCUGGUCUUCCUGGGUCUGAAGAACAAUGACUGCUGCGGUUGCUGUGGCAAUGAGAGCUGUGGACGGAGAUUCGCGAUGCUGAGCUCCAUGCUGUUUGCAGCUGUGGGGGUUCUGGGGGCCGGUUACUCAGUUAUCGUUUCUUCCGUGGCCCUCAGCCAUGGACCUAAGUGUUUGACCGUCGCCAACGCCACGAGUAACACGACACAUUGGGCGUAUCCCUUCUCCAAUGGAGACUACCUGUCCAAAACAGACCUCUGGUCGCUGUGUUUGCAGCCGGAGGGCGUGGUGUCCUGGCAUCUGUCCCUGUUCUCCGUGCUGCUGGUCAUGGGUCUGAUCCAGGCGGUGCUGUGUGCCGUGCAGGUACUGAACGGCCUGCUGGGAGCUCUGUGUGGGGGCUGCUGCUGCGGAGAGAGUGACGGAUCCAACUGAGCGCCGCCUGAAGCUGUGAGAGUCGGCAGGUCUUCUAGUCUCUGUAGUUUCUUGCUUUGUCGACGAUACACUGCAGCAACUUGAGCUAAUUGAUCACCUUUCCUGUAACACUGGUGAAAUGACAGAGCUCAAAUUUCCUCCUUACUUCCGACUUCAUCUUCUCAGUCGAAAUGUUUCUCUGUUUUCCUACGCUCGGCAUCUAAGUGACAUCCUGUUGUAUAUGUUUGUAUCUGUUGUCGCCUCUUCAGUGAUGUUGUGCGUUGCAACGCUGACAUCCCAUCAACCAGUUAACAAAGACACUAUUUUUAUAUACACGUGAAAAGUAAAUGAGACAUGAUCAGACCGUGCAGCUGCUGCAAAUCUACUGUUUUUACUAUCUAGACCAAAUUGAAAGGAUAAAUAACCUGCUAGAUAACAAUUGUGUUUUUAUUUUCACGAAUUCAUGCUUGUGUAUGUGUGUGAAUAAAAAAUAAAUACAUUU